AUGCCCGAGUAUCGCCAUAUGCGGAGCGGCAGCCUCAGCAUCCCCAACGGCGCCCACGGCAGCAGCCAUCACCACAGCAUGCCGCGCAGCCCGCCCAACACAUCGCACGUCCCGUGCAAGUUUUUCCGCCAAGGAGCCUGCCAGGCCGGCAAUGCCUGUCCCUUUAGCCAUGAUCUGGGCAGCGCUUCAGAGAACAUUUGCAAAUAUUUCGCAAAGGGUAACUGCAAGUUUGGCCCCAAAUGCGCAAACAUCCACGUCCUCCCCGACGGCCGCCGAAUCAACUACGGUAAGAAUGGCGUUACAAUCGGUGCAAAUCCCCUCAAUCUUGCCAAUCGCGCGGGCGGCGCCAGUCCCGUCUCACAGACCCCCGGCGCUGUCGCUGGCCCAUUCACCCAUUCUACCGCCAGUGCCUUGACCAACUCUCUGUAUCGUGCCGACCAGCCCGCAUAUCCUUAUCUCGGCGAUGAGGUGCAGCAAUUCGGCCUGUCCAGCAGCCACCAUGACAGCGGCCUCCCGACCAUUGAUGCGCCCUACUCCGUCACCGACUCCAACUACGGCUCUCCACCGGAUGAUGAAUCCUCCCGCCUAGGAUUUGGUCUGUCGCCUGCUGCAAAGGGCUUAUCUGUCCUUGAUGCCCCAUUACCCUCCUCUUUCGACUCCAACGGCAUUUCCAAUGCCGCCCGCUUCCCUGCCGCGCCCUGGCCUUCCUCCGUGCCCUCAAAGUUUGGUCUCGAAUCGCCGUCCCCAUCGCUCAGCAGCAUCAAGGAUCAGCGCACGUCCGAGACGCUCAAGCUGCUCCACUCCUCCGCCUUUGGAUCUUCUGAACAUCUCAUUACCCCCACCGCCGGCAGCCCGCCGGACUCGCAUCAUCUGACUGGCGAAGAGUACUUUGGGAAGCGAAUUAUGCACUCCACCCGAUACCCCAAGCAGCCACGAAUGCUCAGCGCUAGCAUGCCCAAGAACAUGGUUGACCGAGAUUGGGAGGCCGAGUUUGCCUUUGGCGACGAUGAUAACGUGCCAGAAAACCUCGUUCCCGGAGACCUGCAGGACUUAUUGACCCCGGCAGAGAAGGCCCGGAGAGGUUCGAUGCGAGAGGAGCGGCCAGACUUUAGCCUCGGCAGUCUUGGCAAAUAUGGCAGCCCGAUUGGCUCCAGCCCGAGUCGAUGGGGACCCCUGUUCCAGCGUCAGAAGGAGGAGGAGGAGAUGACAAGAUCGGCCCGAAGCGCUGCUGGAUCGGCUUUCGGCCACGUUGGGAGUCCCCUGCGGAAUUCGAUCCUUGCAAAGGAAAUGUCCGACAACAAUGGCAUGGGCCGACCGUCCAUUACUCGGCCAGUAGGUGGAAGCGAGAGUAUGUCUGUUCUAUCGCAGCAGCUACAACGGAGCCGACUUGACGAUACGAUGAAUGGCCCAAGCCCGCUUUUGCACCCGACGGCCGGCCGCAGCACGGGCAAUGGCAUCUCGCCCAUUGGCAAGGACCGCGGCCUGGAGCGUCACGUUUCUAGUGCCAGUAUCGGGUCGUCUGGCAGAUUCACAACGCCAAUUGACGAAGAGGACUCUGCCUUUGUAUUCAGCAUGGAAGAGGAAGAAGAUUCUUCUUCUUCAAAGGCUCGCAAGCGAGGUUCUUCUGGCCUGGCUCUGGGGAGCUUUACUUCCUACGCCAGUGCUGCCGCUGCCAGCAAGGGAGCGGCACCUUCGAAUGGUGCAAAAGACGGACGAGACGCCGUACCAGUCAACGGGAGGUAAUGAUUUCGUUGGGAAUCAGGGGGGGAAAAAAAAGCAUGCGGCGGAGCAUAUUUGUUUAGACAAGAUACCCCCCUUUCAAAUCACAGUUUGACGAACGGAGGAAAUCGCCCCAUUUUUUUGACGAAGACAUAACGAUCUACGAACCAGACGACAGCGCGCGCCAGAUACGUGCAUUUCUCUUGGAAACCUGAAUUCGGCCCAUCGAAUUUUGACAUUUUCGAGAUAGUUUUUCAGGCUAUUUAUUUCUCUUCUUCUUUUCUUCUAUCUCUUUGUCUCUCGCAAAAUCAAUGGCAGUCUUUGGAAAGAGAACACACAAAAUCAUCAUCCGACAUCCAACAUCGCCAAGGAACUGGGAAAGGGGGGAAAAACCAAAAGGGACACAAGGGGUACAUACACUAUAUAGGCUGGAGUUUUUUGCCUUUUCUUUUUUCUGCGUUUUCUAUUUUCCUGUUAUAUUCCAUUGUCAUAUCGAGGAGCCAUCUAGGACAGCGAAAGCCCUGAAAUCAUACCUCUCAUUUUCUGG